GCAUUUCCCUUGUCACAAGGCAACGUCCGAAAGCAAACAAACCAACUAACCUUUAAAUAAAUCCGGCUCGGACCUGAACCGGAUUUCCCAACAGCCCCAUGAAUAAGCCCAAACUGGAAACAAUCCGUUGAAACGGAAAUGGAUCAGACGGAACUCCAAGAGCCCAUACUCUCAGACCGUGUGCUCAUCAGCGGAACCGAAACGCCAUUAACAUUGACCGCCGACGGACAACUCCAGUGCUCCGACCGGUCCUUGACGGUGGAGAAAGAAAUCCUCGGUUUCUAUGUCGAAGGCUCCAAAAUCAAAAUCAAGGCUAUUGUCGAGAGCGGAGCUGGAAUCAAUUGUUUCGGGAACAGAGGAGCUCCGGUGAGGAAGACCUUCGUGUUCGAGCCUUCAUCACAGGAUUCUCUGCGGCUUUGGUCUCUAAAGCUCCAAGAAUACAUUGAUUCUCUCGGUCGGCCGAAGAGGCUAUUUAUAUUCGUAAACCCAUUUGGAGGGAAGAAAUCUGCUUCAAAAAUUUUUCUUGAUGAUGUAAAACCCCUACUCGAGGAUGCUAAUGUCGAAUAUACACUGCAAGAAACUAAAUAUCAGCUUCAUGCGAAGGAAAUCACUCAAACAUUGGAUCUCACGAAAUAUGAUGGAAUCGUUUGUGUUAGUGGGGAUGGAAUCUUGGUUGAGGUAGUAAAUGGACUGCUUGAAAGGGAGGAUUGGAAUGAUGCAAUAAAAAUGCCUCUUGGAGUAGUACCUGCAGGUACAGGAAAUGGUAUGAUAAAAUCUCUUUUGGAUUCAGUUGGUGAUCCAUGUACAGCCUCUAAUGCUAUUCUUUCUGUGAUUCGAGGACACAAGCGUUCACUGGAUAUAGCUACUAUCUUGCAAGGGGAGACUAGGUUCUUUAGUGUCUUGAUGCUUGCAUGGGGUUUGGUGGCAGAUAUUGACAUCGAGUCUGAGAGAUAUAGGUGGAUGGGAAGUGCUCGUAUUGAUUUCUAUGCUUUUCAACGGAUAUUUAAUCUGAGGAAAUACAACGGUCGAAUUAUGUUUGUACCUGCGCCUGGUUAUGAAUCUCAUGGAGAGCCAAGCAGUCAAAAGGGUGAAUCUAUUCGCAAACCAAAUAUCUGCAAUUCAAGUCUAGAAAUGCCUGUGAAGCUUCAGCAGGGUGGCUACAGUGGUCCUAAUGUUGACUUGGAAAAUUUAAAUUGGAGGAAGAUUGAUGGUCCGUUUGUUUCAGUCUGGCUUCAUAAUGUACCGUGGGGAGGUGAAGACACCAUGGCAGCACCUAAUGCUGAAUUCUCAGAUGGGUAUUUGGACUUGAUUUUGAUUAGGGAUUGCCCAAAGUUCCCAUUGCUAACAUUGAUGACUGAAUUGAGCAACGGAGGCCAUGUCAAAUCACCACAUGUCUUGUACCUUAAGGUGAAGGCAUUCAUUCUGGAGCCUGGUCCACGAGCUGACGACCUAACCAAGGAGGGGAUCAUAGAUGCAGAUGGUGAGGUCCUGGCCAGAGGAAAAGGAACAUACGAGUGUAACCAGAAGACCCUGAUGACCUACGACAAGCUCCAAAUCACGGUGGACCAAGGUUUAGCUACUCUAUUUUCUCCUAUCUAGAAUAUUAUCUCAUGGAUCGAUUGUUGCAAUUCCGCGGAUCUUUGAGAAAAAAAAAAAGAAGAGUAAUUUCACAGGUUAUGUGACGAAUUCUGUUUCAUAUAGAAUCACGAAGAAAAUAUGUAUAGGUAUAAGAAAGAAGAAACAACAUCGUUAUCUUAAAUUAUUUGUCUAAUUGGCUUUUUGAUUCAUCUUAGAAACAGUUGAUUGUUUUUUUG